GAGUUUUCCAAUUCGGCCAUGUUGACUCGCGCGUAAGAACACAUCGAAAGCAGUUCCAGCGUGUUUACGGAGUUUAAAAGUCUAAAUGUAAGUGCAACUUCUGGCUCAUUUCUUCUCGUUAAUAAAGACAAUCACUUUUUACGUUGAUAUUUUCAACGAAAGAAGACAUUUCAAUUGUAUAUCGAAUCUGAGAGACGUCGAAAAGGAGGAAGAGGUGGACAAGUAUAUGUAUAGUUGAAACGAGAAAAGAAUAAAAAAAACAAGAGAGUGAGAGAGAGAAACGAUUAGUGGCUCUCUCGAAUAUCGAGAAGAGAGCGGAGUAACGUGGGACUAUUUGAAAAUCGCGCGUGCAUGGGUAGUGGCCGCCUAACGGCGUCGUCUCGCGGUUUCGACGGAGACGUAUCGCGUUCGUCAGUCGGUGGAAUUGGAACGCGCUGACUUGUUUACCGUGCGUACGCUCGUAAGUUUAACGUUUUUUCGACACCUGGCCAUACGCCGAUUCGGGAGAAAAAAACGGACGACAUCCAUUUUUGUUCUGCCUACGACCGUUGUUUGUCUUUUCUUCAUCUCGUCGUCGACGAAGAAAACGAAGGGAUUUGGCCGGUUCAUUUUAUCCUUCUCCUGCGUCGUUAAUAUUGGACGAAAGAACAUACACGCCUAACUUCGUUCCUGCUGUUUAGAGAAUAGAGCCGAAACAUGCCGGAAGAACAAAAAUCUGCUGCAAUACCGCCAGAAGUCACAGCGGAAAAUGGCACCGGAACUAAUUCGCCAACCAAAAGUCCAGUUAGCAAAGGAAAAAUGGCUUUGGCGAAAAUCACUUUAUUAGAUGGCACCGUGAAAGAUUUUUAUAUCGAUAGAAAGGCGAAGGGACAGGAUCUCCUCGAUAUGAUAUGUCAAAGUAUGAAUUUACUCGAGAAAGAUUAUUUUGGCCUUAUCUACGAGGAUAAGGAUGAUUCAAGGAACUGGUUAGACCUAGAUAAAAGAAUUGUCAAAUUUGUCAAAAACGAACCGUGGAAAUUCAGUUUCGAGGUGAAGUUCUAUCCUCCGGAUCCAGCUCAGUUACAAGAAGAUAUUACGCGUUACCAAUUAUGCUUACAAAUUAGAAACGAUAUUAUUAAAGAGCGUUUACCGUGCUCUUUCGUAACCCAUGCUCUUCUUGGAUCUUAUCUAGUUCAAUCAGAAAUUGGAGAUUAUGACCCGGAAGAACAUGGAAGAACGUAUUUGAAAGACUUUAAAUUUGCUCCCAAUCAGACACCAGAAUUAGUGGAGAAAGUUAUGGAUCUUCACAAAACACAUAAAGGUCAGUCUCCAGCCGAAGCAGAACUGCAUUAUUUAGAGAAUGCAAAGAAAUUAGCGAUGUAUGGAGUUGAUUUACAUCCGGCGAAAGAUUCAGAAGGCGUUGAUAUAAUGUUAGGUGUCUGUUCAUCUGGUCUUCUCGUUUAUCGUGAUCGCUUAAGGAUAAACAGGUUUGCAUGGCCGAAAAUUUUAAAGAUUUCUUACAAGAGGCAUAACUUCUUCAUAAAAAUACGGCCUGGUGAAUUCGAGCAAUUUGAAUCCACGAUUGGUUUCAAACUUGCGAAUCAUAGAGCAGCUAAAAAAUUGUGGAAGGUUUGCGUAGAGCAUCAUACUUUCUUCAGGCUCAUGAGUCCAGAGCCUGUAAAGAAAGUUGGAUUACUACCACAUUUAGGAUCUCGCUUCCGAUACUCUGGGAGAACGCAUUAUGAAACGAAAAAGACUCCUAUAGAUCGACAACCUCCUCAAUUUGAGAGAUCUCUAAGUGGUCGUCGUCUUACAUCACGUAGCAUGGAUGCCUUAGGUGGUCCUAAACCAGUUGAAACUUACGGCUCAGAACCAAGUAAACGUCAUACUAUGAGUUACGAGCCUGAAAUGAUUCCUGAUAUGGAACACAUUGAUCAACGGCCUAGUCCUAUUAAAAAGCAAAAGGAGAAGCUCACACGAAAAACAAGUGCUGGAACAACAUCUGCCAGCAGUACCAGUAGCCUGGAAGGAGAGUAUGAUGCAGAUCGUACCAAAAAGAAACCGGUCGGAGGAAUUGCAGUCCUACCGCCCGGUGGUCUUUCUAAGAAGAAGAAGGAUAAACAAAAUGAAAAUGAGAAGGAAAACCAUAAUGAUCUGAACAAUUCUAAUUUAAUUAAUGAUAAUGCUCUUCUUGAUAACAAUGAUGAGAAAUCGCCCAGUAAAAAAGACUUAAAAAAAAAGGACAAGGAAACUCCAGAAAAAAAGGACAAAGAAAAGAAGGAAAAAAUUAAGAGUCCUGUUGGUGGUUUCCUCUUCGGCAAAAAAGAAAAAGAGAAGGAUAAAGAAAAGGAGAAAGAUAAAGAAAAGGAUAAGGAAAAAGAGAAAGACAAAGAAAAAGAGAAGAAAAAGGAAAAGGAGAAGGAUAAAGAAAAAGAAAAGAAAAAAGAGAAGGAAAAGGAAAAGGAGAAAGAAAAACAGAAACAGAAAGAAAAGGAAAAGGAAAAACAAAAAGAAAAAGAGAAGGAAAAGCAGAAAGAAAAAGAGAAACAAAAAGAAAAGGAAAAGGAAAAAAGUAAACAAAAAAAGCAAAAAAAGAAAGAUUUGGAUGACUCGAUAGAAAAACAUGAUAUCGAAUCAGAUGUUUCAACGUUGGGAAAAGAAACGGAAGAAAUACGCGAAAAAAUAAUCACGGAUAUAUCAAAAGAUUCUGUUAUGAACUCUGAUCGUCCUGGUUAUACAAAACCGUACGAUUAUGAAGAAACAGAAACUUCAUCUACGAGGAAACCGUUUACGCCUCAUGGUUUCUCUUACGAAGACAGACCGGCAUCUCCAGGUGUACGAGAUCAACAAUCUCCUACUGCAGCUAGUCGCAAAGCAACGGGUUUAGCAUUUAAUUAUGCUCCAGGUGAAGAAAAAAAAGUAGUAGAAUCAGUGGAGAAAAGAAAAACAAAAGACAUAGAUAAACUACAACAAGCUGGAAUAAAAACUCCUGGACUUAAUUACGUCGAGUCGGCUGGUCUUAAAGAACAACAAAAAGCUACAACUUACAGGCUACCUAAUCAAAAAGAUUCUUCUCAGGGUGAAACUCCAAAUGACGAUAGAUCCCCACAUAUGACAACAACGACCGUUACUAAGCGAACUACAGCAAUGCAUGAAGGGCUUGAAAAAAAUCCAAAAGCAAGUCAGGCAGAGGCAUCAAACUAUGGUAAAACUCCAUAUACUUCAGCAUCUGUUAUUGCACGUGCUGCAGCGUUGCAUGAAGAUUUUGACAAAAGUUCCAAUACAAGUCAGGCACAGGUACCAAAUGACGGUAAAACCUCUUACACGUCAGCAUAUGUCACUGCACAUACUGCAGCAUUGCAUGAAGAUCGUGAAGAAAGUCCAAAAGCAAGUCAGGCAGAGGUACCAAAAGACGGUAAAACCCCUUAUACAUCAGCAUCUAGUACUGCACGUACCGCAGCAUUGCAUGAAGAUUUUGAGAAAAGUUUAAAACCAACUCAGGAAGAGGCAUCAAGUGAAGGUAAAGUUCCAUACAUUCCAAUAACAGCUGGUAUUGUACGCACUGCAACAAUGCAUGAAGAUCUUGAGAAAAGUCAAACAGAAAGUCAGACAAAAAUGCCAGAUGAUAGUAAAACUCCCUAUGUGACAGCUGUUACUGCACGCACUGCAACAAUAUUUGAAGACUCUGAAAAAAGUCGCAAAACAAAUCAGACAGAAGUACCAGAUGAUAGUAAAAUCCCAUACAUGACAGCAGUUACUGCACGUACUGUAACAAUGCAUGAAGAUCAUGACAAAAAUCAAAAAGCAAGUCAGGCAGAAACACCAGAUGAUGGUAGAGCCCCAUACAUGACAGCAACAGCUGUUACUACACGAACUGCAACAAUGCAUGAAGAUCUUGAAAAAAAUCAGAAAACAAGUCAGGUAGAGGAAAAGACUGUAGCAUACUCAACUGCGACCAGUACAACAAGACAAGAACAAAGAGUAGUAACACAAGAAGUUCGGACUACAAGUCAUGUGCUUUCGGGUGAACAGCUGUUUUCACGAAGGCUCAGUACAUCUAGUUCAAGCAGCGGAGAUUCAGGUACACCAAUUGAUCUUGAUGAUGACCAACAAGCUUUCUACAAUCAAUAUUAUCAGGGUGAUCCUGCAAAUAUAGUAGUAACUGAAACGCACGUAUAUACUGGAGAGCCUGAUAGUAAUGUAACAACUACAACGACAGUUCCAUUAGUUGCAACUGAAACAAGGAAAGUUGCUUUAGAAAGCGAAGAUGGGAAUUACAGUGCAACAGGUGAAAUUGUUAGUUCCCAAACGAUAUCGAGUAAAACUCGUACUGUCGAAACAAUAACAUACAAAACUGAACGGGAUGGUGUAGUGGAAACACGCGUAGAACAGAAAAUAACAAUACAAUCGGAUGGUGAUCCGAUUGAUCAUGAUAAAGCUUUACAGGAAGCUAUUCAAGAGGCUGCUGCAACAAAUCCUGAUAUGACAGUUGAAAAAAUAGAAAUCCAACAACAGAUGGCACAGUAACAACCUCUUCUAAAAUAGAAUCUAUAAUUAUAUGGCACUCUGUCUGAAAAGCUAUGAUAUCUUCAAAGCAAAGAAAUAUGAAGAUACGUGUUUGCAUUUAUUACAUAUUGCAUACUGUUAUGCAUCUUUUUGAUGCAUGAUCGUCAGACUGAAUUAUCGUCAAUAAGCCCUUGCGUACAUUCAUUUAAUUAUGAUGCCUUUCCUUAAAGGAUUUGGGAAAUUGCUUCUUGAAGCUUACCCAAUUAUAUGAGUUAAAGCUUGAUUGAAAAUCAAGUUCGUUAGUAAAAGAAGAAGUCAUUAAUAAAGUUUUUUAUGGAACGUAGUACCUUAUACCAUAAACAAUCGUGUUCAUGUUCAGAUAAUUAAAAGUGUAUGUGUAUGCACAUACCUUGAUAUUUAUUAUACAUAUUACAUAUACAUAAAUACGUAUGUAUAUAAACAAAUGAAUAAGCCAUUAAUAUUUACGAAAAGAGGACAGAGUGCCCUUCAGAUAAAAAUUUUGAUAAUUUUAAAUAUUGAUUUAAAAAAAAAUCUAUGUCGUCUAUUCAUAAUUUUCAUAUGUAAAAAAAAGAUAGCUUUUACAAAAUGAUAUUACUAAUUUCAAAAGUGUAUAAAGUCACUAAUUCUGCUAUUAAUGCAUUGUCAUAUUUUUGACCUCUAUAUCGUUUGAUUAAUCCUUGAGCAUGGUCUAUAUAGAUAACAAUAGAACAGACUAGUUUCAUUCAAAUGUUUGAACAGUCUUAUAAUAGUAUUACAUAAUUACUUACAAGAUAUACAAUUUUUUAUUAUUCCAUGCAUACAAGGUUUGCUCAUUAAUAUUCUGUAAAAUUUGUAAGUGAUAAGUAAUAAAUACACAUGUAAUAUCCAUUCAACUGCUUAAAUGCAAAUGAAAUUAGCUUAAUUGCUAUGUAUGUUCGUGUGUGUCACAACUGAAACAAGGAAGGUUGCUUUAAAAAAUGAGGAUGGGAAUUACAGUACAACAGAAUGAAAUUGUUA